CCCAGCAUCCCAGUGACGCAGGAACGAAAGAAAAAAACAACACCGGAGCAGCAGCACCAGGACACUGAUCCCACCAAAAAUCCGCAGCUCCCAGGAUUCAGCCUUAGGACCACAGGACGCCUGAUAGUGACCGGCAGGACCAGCAUCAGGUGGAUCAGGACCAAGGACAGCAGCCUCUGCCAGAGCAAGGCCUGAAUUAUGACCAGGGAGGACCCCCCAGAUUGUGCGCCCGAGGAGAACCAGCGUCCCAUUGAUUUCCAGAGUCCAAUCCUAGAAAAACGGAAAAGACCAGUGGUUCACCCCUCAGCCCCGGCUCCUCUCCCUAAGGAUUAUGCUUUCACAUUCUUCGAUCCCAAUGACCCUGCGUGCCAGGAAAUCUUGUUGGACCCCCAAACUAGUAUUCCUGAACUCUUUGCAAUUAUCAGGCAAUGGGUGCCACAGGUCCAGCACAAGGUAGAUGUGAUCGGCAGUGAGAUCUUGAAAAGGGGCUGUCAUGUGAAUGACAGGGAUGGGCUCACAGACAUGACGUUAUUACACUAUGCGUGUAAAGCUGGGGCACAUGGUGUAGGAGACCCCGCGUCCGCUGUACGACUAACCAAUCAGCUUCUCCUGCUGGGAGCAGACGUGACCCUGCGCAGCCGCUGGACGAACAUGAACGCCUUGCACUACGCUGCUUAUUUCGACGUUCCCGAACUGCUACGCAUCUUACUGAAAGCAUCAAAGCCCAAAGUGCUCCAUUCCACCUGCAGCGACUUCAACCAUGGAACCGCUCUGCACAUUGCGGCCUCUAACCUAUGUCUGGGGGCUGUGAAAUGUCUCCUGGAACACGGAGCCAACCCCUCAGUGAGGAACAGUAAAGGCCAGGUUCCUGCUGAAGUGGUUCCUGACCCUAUGGACAUGGGACUAGACAAGGCUGAGUCAGCCAUGAUCGCAAAGGAACUGAAGCAGCUUCUUCAAGACGCUGUGCCUUUGACUUGCAACCUGCCCAAGGUCACACUGCCAAACUACGACAACAUCCCUGGUAACCUGAUGCUGGCGUCUCUUGGGCUGCGGCUAGGUGACCGGGUACUGCUGGACGCGGAAAAGGCUGGUACUCUACGGUUCUGUGGCACAACCGAAUUUGCCAGCGGUCAGUGGGUGGGAGUGGAGCUGGAUGAGCCAGAUGGAAAGAACGACGGCAAUGUGGGAGGCAUCCGCUACUUUAUCUGUCCCCCCAAACAUGGAAUUUUUGCUUCAGUGUCUAAAAUCAGUAAGGCUCCAGAUCAUACACCCUCCUCCGUCACCUCAACACCAAAGACCCCGCGAAUGGAUUUCUCCAGAGUCACCGGCAAAGGGAAGAAAGAGAAAAAAGCAACGCAGAAGAAGUCCGUCAGCGUUGGCAGCUUAGACAAAGAGGGGCUCAACAUUGACCUGGGGGACCAGGUGCUCGUAGCUGGGCAGAAACAGGGAGUGGUGCGCUUCUAUGGCAAGACAGACUUUGCGCCAGGAUACUGGUUCGGAGUUGAGUUAGAAAAGCCUACAGGAAAACAUGAUGGGUCAGUGUUCGGGGUCCGGUAUUUUACCUGCUACCCAAAAUAUGGAGUAUUUGCUCCACCCUCCAGGGUUCAGAGAAUUGGUGGCCCGAAAGAGCCUCAAGUGGAGAGCAAUGGUGUGAAAAAGGUUCACCAAGUUACUAUGUCACAGCCAAAGCGUAACUUCAACACAGUGCGGACACCGAAAGAACUUGCAUCGGAAAAUUCCCUCUCCAGGUUGCUGUUUUGCUGUUGGUUUCCCUGGCUGCUUCGGGCUGAGAUGCAAUCUUAACCCUUUCUCCCAAUCAGCCCUGCAUCUUCUAAAACCCUGUCAUUUGGAGCCACAGACUUCCGCCUCCUUCUGUCUGUGUCUGCAUCCCUUGACUCCCCAGUGCCUUGUCUAAUGUUCCUCUGAAACAGGGGCCCCUCUGUGUGUCACUGUCUGAUUCAGUGCAAAAAUAAAUUUCCGGAGGAGGGGGUAAGAAAGUUCCUGCUUCAUACCAGUGAAGGUUUUACUUGCUUCCUUUCUUAACAGAACCUUCAACUGGACACCAAAUGUAGGAACCUACAACGCUAUCCAAGCUUUCUCUAGCUGCCAUUCAUUUUCUAGAGGAAAUAUUAUAACAUGUCAUGGGCCUUUAAUGUCUAAAAACUCCACGAUAAUGUCCACAAUACUACUAAAAGUCAACCGACAUCAACUAACUGGUUCAAUCACCCAUCAAGAUCAUACGAGGCUUGGCCUAAUCUCAAGUACUAGUUGCAGCCCAUGACUAGCAAUUGGUAAUGUCACCUAGGCCAACAACGGUCCACCACAUCUUAUCCUACCUUCAUAAU